AUGAUUGAUGAGAGUAUAGAUAUUUCAACAAACAAACAUAUUGAUAUUUAUAUAAUGUAUCCAAAUAUUUCUGAAAAUAUAAAGACACAUUUUUUGCAAUUACUUGUACUUGAACUGUUUUAA